AUGCCAAAUGUUGUAUUGUUUCUUUCGGGUAAGUUCGGUCCAUGCCAGCAGAAGCAUUGUUUAAACGGAGGCCGGUGUAACUCUACAACUGAAACAUCAGCUGUAUGUGAAUGUCAUCUUCAUUACUCUGGUGCUGUUUGUGAAACAGAACUGAAAACAACUACAUCGACUCAAGCUUCUACAACAACUGAAACCACUACAACAACUAAAGAUAUUACAACAUCUACAGCUUCUACAACACCUGCAGCUGCUACAACUGCUAAAACAGCAACUGAUGCCAGUACAACACCUUCAGCUGCUACAUCUGCUACAAAUCCUGUAGCUACUAAAACACCUUCAGCUGUUACACGUAUAACUACUACAACAACAAAAGCUUCUACAAAACCUACAACUGCUACAACAAAUAAAUCUCCUGCAACACCUUCAGCUGUUACAUCUGCUACAAAUCCUGUAGCUACUAAAACACCUUCAGCUGUUACAACACCUAUAACUACUACAACAACAAAAGCUUCUACAAAACCUACAACUGCUAUAACAAAUAAAGCUCCUGUUACAACAACUGAUUCUCGUAGAGCACCUUCAGCUGAUACAAUAGCUAAAGCUGCUACAGCUCCAUCAACUGCUACAACAACUAAAGCUACAACAUCUUCAGCUGUUACAACAAAUAAAGCUGCUGCAACACAUUGAUCAUAUUCUCCAACUAUUAUGAAAACUGUUCCUACUGCGUCUUCAUUUGCGAAGAGUGCUGGCACA